GCUUCCUUGAAACGCACCCCUUCUCCCCUCCCCUCCCCUCCCCUCUGUCGUCUCGUUAGAUCUCGCGAUCUCGACGCCGGAGGCGAUGGCGGCGGCGCCAGCGGUGAGGUUCCCAGUGUAUGGGAUCGUGCGGCUGCUGGGCGUGGCUGCGGCGGCGUCCAUCCUCUUCUGGGCCAUCCACUUCCGCGGCGGCAUGGCGCUCUCCACCGAGGAGGAGAGCAAACUCCCCAUCUUCAACGUUCACCCUGUGCUGAUGCUGAUUGGUUUGGUAGCCUUGAAUGGUGAAGCUCUUUUGGCCUAUAAAACAGUGCCAGGAACCAAGAAACUGAAAAAGCUAGUGCACCUUGCGUUGCAGUUCCUUGCCAUGUUUUUUAGUCUAAUUGGCCUCUGGGCUGUCUGGAAAUUCCACAGUGAAAGAAAAAUUGACCACCUAUAUACACUUCACUCAUGGUUGGGCCUUUCUUGCAUCAUCUUCUUCAGCUUGCAGUGGGCUACUGGAUUUUGGACCUUUUGGUACCCUGGUGGAUCAAGAAGCGGCAGAGCAUCUCUGCUUCCCUGGCAUGUCUUCUUUGGUGCGUUCAUCUAUGUUCUUGCAAUCGCCACAAGUGUGACUGGACUUCUGGAGAAAUCAAUCUUCAUGCAAAGUGCCAAAAUGAUCGGGCGCUUCUCCACGGAAGCACUAUUUAUGAACUCGUUAGGACUGCUGCUAGUACUGUUGGGUGCUCUUGUUACUCUUGCAAUUGUUAGUCCUGGAGUUGGUAAGAUUGAUACAUACCGAAGUUCUUCUGAGUGAGAGCAAGCGAUUACUGUGUAGUUCUUGAGCUGCAUUUUAGGCGUCACUAAGCAACUUGCAUGUACAUGUCGUUGUACUAAGAAUUAUGCUUUCCUUUUUCUGAUCUGAAUAGUCAGUGUUCGGGAUAAUUUUAUUCCUGUGACGAGUGAUUCACUUCUCCAUUCCAGUAGUAUGUUGGUGGAUCAAACUGACAGAAAUUACAGCCUGAGACUUUUCUGUAGAGCCAAGACUCGUCUAUACAUGGAAUAUAUUUACCUUCAUAAUUCUAGUUA